GGGGCCAGCAGCUGCCCAUCAUGCCUGGGAUAUAGAGAGAAGCGCAGGCAGCGCUGCAGCAGGGAGGGGAGCGAUCGGCAGCACAGAGUUUAGCCGGACAAGAAAUGGCUGAAUCAACAACAUCACCGACAGUUGGUUCCCAGAUCUUCACUUUGGUUCUAUGGACGGCGCUAAGCGUUGCCAUGAUUGUGAUUGGGUCCAUGCAUGUGGGGAACUGCCCCAGGGAGCCCAAUAUCCCCAUUUACCUGAUAGUGGCCGGGGCCUUCCAUUUAGUGGGGUUUUGCCUCAUUCCAUUGAAGAAGGCAGCAGAGAAAGUGACCUACGCCCUAGAGAGCAUCAUCGGGCUCUUCUCCUUCUGCUGGUUCAUUGCCGGUAGCGUUUGGGUCUUCAGAAUCUACCCCGACGAUCCCAGGGCUUGUAACGAUAUGGCCUAUAAAUUUGCCUUUGGAAUCUUGAUAUUUGAGUAUCUCUUUAUAGCCUUGGUGCUCUUCUCCGUCUGCCUCUGUACAUGCUGCGCCGGCUGCCUGGCAUUUUCAGGUGCUGAGCGUAAUGACAGCCAAUAGCUGUUUGGUGCCAGUACAUUAAAUACUGUAGAGUCUGGAUCCAAAUUCCUGCCUAAUUGCUGUGGGGAUGGAAGAAAAAGAAGCCCACCGUGUAUGGAUCUGGAUUAAACUAAUAGCCCUUUAUUCCAGAUGUGGAAGUAUUUUCUUUGAAUAACUAAAUAUAUAUUUUCUAAAACCUAAUCAUAAAUGGUGCAGCCUGGACCUUUCUACUGUUAAAGUGCAGAUUCUCUUCUCUAUUCAACUCAACUGAUGUCUUCACACAGAGCACGUCUUUGGGGUUAUCAGGAGCAAGUCGGUUGUCAUUUUCUGGUUAAACGGGAUGGUGCCAACACAUGGAACUGGGCUUAUAGAGAGGGCAGCUAUAUUUCUAGGGGUAAAUAGCAUAAAGUUGCAGCAGAAAUGAUGGUGGAUAUUGUUCUCUUCUGCACGGCUGAUAGGGGUAUCUGUGGGAAUAGGGGUCUGGUAAGUAGGUAACAGAAAGGAACCAGGUCAGUAAUCUGGGUUUAUCUUUAAGAUACCAAACAAGGGAAACCCAUGCUAGAAUGUUCAGUUUCCCAGGAGCCUGAUGGGGGGCAAUUGUGAAUGGUGAGAUUGAUGUAGAGUUACAAACUGCACCCUAUGUGGCACCCAGAUACAAAUCUGAAAUUUCUAAAUGGGUUUCCUGCAUUUAAACUCUGUGAGGUUAUAUAUGUCAUCAGGGCAUCAGCCAAUCCUAAGGAACUGGCAGUAUGUCACUGGGAAACACUCAAACUUGCUGCCUCUCUCUUUGCUACAGCCCCUGUCAUUCCUACUGCAAGCAGCAGCCAAUCACUGGAAGCUUACUUUUGUACAGUGGUUCCAAGACUGAGGGACAAGGCCCACUGCAGUGGUCUUGAAGCAGUGGCUGGGGGAGAGCCAGUUAGGGUGACAUUUGGCGAGAAGGUCCAUUUGCUCUACUAGACACAUUUGGAAGCCAGUCUUGAGGGAAAGGGUUGAGUAAAGAGGCCUGCAUUCAAGUUGAGCGAUGUCCCAGUAGUUAUGUGAAAUCAGUUGGACCAAUCCAAAAUUGAUACAAUGUAAUCACAUGUAUCUUGCCUUCAAUUCUUAUACAAUCUCCAAAGCCCCAAAGUUCACAUCUUCUCCAUCAUCCUUACACCAUCUAACCCUCUCUUCAUACAGUAUCUCUCUUCUUCACUAAUUCAUCUCUCAUUAACCUUGCCUUUUUCCUACUUUGUAGAAUCAUUGGCCCCCCUAACCCUGGUGGUCUCUCUCAUUUCAAUGUGUGUGGAGCUGAGGGAGGUAUUAUUUUUGACCUGCACUUUAUGUAUCUACUUCCUACUUGCCCGGUGCCCACAUUGCACUGCAGGUACCAAAUGCUACCCACCCUUCUGAAGGACUCUAGCAUAGUCAGCCCUGCUGUAUCUACAUUCAUCUACUUGUUUCUCAAAUACAUUUAUAAAUGUUUUAAUAUAGAUUUGUAUAUAUAUGUACAGAGCAGAGACAUGUUCAGUGUCGCAAAUACUGAUUAGCUUUAUAGUCUGUGAGAGAUGCUCUGCCAUCAGCGUUGGACUGGGCCUGCUGGAGAACUUGACACCAAGGGCUCAGUCUCACAACAAUGAGAUAUGCUAAAUGUUAUUGGUUUUUUAUUGCCCUAUAUUGGAAAUACCAAAAGGCUGAUAUAAACUGACCUUUGUUGGGGCUGAUAUAAACUGACCCUAGUAUUUGGCCCACAGGGAGAUCAUCUGGUUCUCUGGCAGGCCGGUCUGACUCUGUCUUCCAUUAAUAAUACCAUGAAUAAUAUGAUGAAGGCUCCAGAAAUGAAACAUACAUAGUCAAUUCCAUAAAAGUCCAUUCUUAAAGAAGAAUAUAAACAGAAAUGAAGUGUUUAGGCAGUGGUUCCAGCUAUAUUAUAUAAUAAGCAUUGUUUGGUGCCUGUUUAUAUGAUAAUUCUAUCUGUAUCCACCAUUAAGUACUCUCUGUACUCUCCCUAUCAUUUUUACUGCAAAAAUACUACUCACACAAAGCCUAAUGGUAAAUGUUUUUAUAGUUUAUCAAAAACACCAAUAGAAGCAAAAAUCGACCAUGGAGUAUUUUAGAAGUUUCUCAGACAAAAAGGCUUCUGGAAACACACUUCAGGGGUAAUGUGUUGGUCUAGUAGCCCAUAGCAACCGGUCAGCAAAGUUGCAUUUGCUGGUCAUCUGUUUCAAAGCAAUCACUUUAUUGGUUUCUAUGGAUUGUAAGACCUGGUUCCCAAACUAUGAGGCUGCAAGGUCACCUAGGGAAAGCUUUAUGGUGAAUACCUAUUUGCUGACCUAUAUACUCUUGGAAGUGGUGGCUGAAUGGCUCAUACAUUAGUUUUCCUAAAUCAUAUUCUUUUUUUUGAACCAAAACAGUCUGACAACUGCAGCAUUACCAACUUUGCCUACUCUUCUUACAGGAAGUUGCCUUUGUCCUGUCUUGUUUCCAAUCCAGUAGUCAUCUGAACUGAGGGCAGGCAAUGGAUGAGCAACACUACUGCCCAUUUCUGAUGGAUGUUGGAAUAACUAUUUUGAAUAUACUGUAUAUACACGAGUAUAAGCCUAGUUUUUCAGCACCCAAAAUGUCACCCUCGGCUUAUACUCGAGUCGGGUGCCAUGGGUCCCUCUAGACUAGCACCCUCUCUCCUUUGUGUGCAAAUUAGGCCUGCAACCAGACCCUCCAGUGCCCUGGGCCGCUCCCAGUCGCAAUACUUAUUCCCCCUUACGUGUCAUCCAGGACCGGGUCGGCUGGCAGUUUGCCAAUGCGCAAUGAGCAUGGGGUAGUACUCAUAUUGUUUUUGUUGACCCUCUUCCCCACUUACAGAGCUAGUUUACUGUUUUUCUUUGAAAUAAAUAUUGAAAAACAUAUAUCCCACUGAUGCCUCAAUUAAUGUAAUUUUAUUGGUAUUUAUUUUGAUUGUUAAAACUUAGCAGUAGCUGCUGCGUUUCCCACCCUAGGCUUAUACUCGAGUCAAUAAGUUUUUCCAGUUUUCUUAGGUAAAAUUAGGUACCUCGGCUUAUAUUCCGAUCGGCUUAUACUCGAGUAUAUACGGUAACUACAAUUAUUUUAUGUACAACCUUGUUCAGAAAUGGUGAAAAUGAUGGCAGCAUAUACAUACAGUAGAGCCUGUGGAAUGCUCAGGCAGGGUAGGCUCCUCAAAAAAGGAAUCAGAAGAUCUUGACCAGUCUUCAUACCUUUUUCAUGCCCCAUAUCAUGUUUGUCACCCCUGUUUUAUCUUCCCAUUUAUGCAUUUCAAUAUUGGUGCUUGCUUGAGAGAUUAAUUGCUACUGUGCCUGAACUGAUCAUGGCAAAAGUAUUGUUUUCCACUACAGUGAAUAAGUCUGUAGAACUUUUAUCAUAUGACAUGAAGCAUCUUAUUGCAGCCAAGGGAGCCAUAUUGGGAUGUACCUACUACGUUCCAGUACUGUAAGGCAUAUCCCCUUGGCCGUAGUCUUAAAGAAGGAUUUUAGCUUGAGUUUCUCCCCAGUUUCUCCAAUACUUGAACUCACAGUAUUUAUUGUCUCAUACAGAGCUGGCCAGGCACCGUGAAGGUAAGGGCCAUUCUGGAGGAAACAUGUUCCCUUAUUUUACUCAUAGCAAGAACUGAUGAGUAUAUCUGUUACAAAGAGUCAGCGGUUGGCAAUUCAUUGUCAGACUAAUGGUUCUGGGUUCAUUUUCCAAGAUUUCCUAUGCAAAUAAUGUACCAAUAGAUCAAUAUUGUAGUUUUAUUUUGAUUUGAUGCUCUGUGCAUUGCCAACAUUAAAAAAAAAUGAGCUUUUCUGUUUGAGAAAUAAAACAUGUCUACAUGGUCAGAUGU